AUGACCUCCCUUCCACGCACCCGAGCCGAGCUGAUUCCCUACAAAGCGUCUCCCGGAGUUUCUCCCACGCCAGGCCUUGCCCCUCCCCCGCCCCGCCCCCCAUCUUACCGUCGCCCAUCCCCACCGCCAGCAACUAUGUCCGGCUACAAGCGCGACCCGUACGAACCCGGCGCGCCGGCGGGCGGGCACAGGCGGGAUCCGUACGACACGCCCGCGCCCGCGCCUGCCUACGACCCCUAUGCCCGCGCGUCGCGCCCCGCGGCCGACGGCUACGUGCCCUCGCGCGAGCACCCCGCCGACCCGUACGCCCCUUCCGACCCGUACGCAAGCCACAAGCGCGCGCCAGGGUACGACGACUACGCGCGCGAGCCCAAGCGCUCCCGCUACGAGGACGCUCACGCCGACGGAGAGUAUUCGCACCGCUAUAGACAGUCGCAGGACCACUACGCUGACAGAAGGGACGACAGGUAUCAGCAGUCAUCGUCGGACUAUUAUGGUAAGAGGGAUGCCUACGCCCAGUAUGAUCGCAGGAGCGCGGGGUAUGCCGCCUAUGGACAGGCGGGCGCGGAGUAUUCGCGCGAUGGGUACGACCGCGGGUCUGCUGGCGCGUAUAGUAGAGGAGGAGGGAGGGAUGAUUACGGAAGGGGCGGGUACGAUCGAGGGGGAUAUAGGCGACCAGGUGCUCAUGAUCGUCGGGAUGAUGCUGCUUAUGGGGAUGCUGGUUCCGCCUGGUAUGGUGCUUCUGCGAGUAGAGGUGCGUAUGGAGGAGGUUCCAGUUACGACCGUGCCGGAUACGACAGCCGGGGGGGAUACGAUGGUGGCCGUAGAGGCUAUGAAAAUGGCCGUGGGGGAUACGAUCGUGGCCAUAGAGGCUAUGACAAUGGCCGUGGAGGAUAUGACGGUGGCCAAAGAGGGUAUGACGAUGGCUAUGGCGGAUAUGACGGCGCCCGUGGAGGCUAUAACAGUGGCCGUGGAGGCUAUAACAGCGGUCGUGGAGGCUAUAAUGGUGCCCGCGGUGACUACGGUGGACGUGGCGGCUAUGACGGCGGCCGAGGCCGUGGCCGUGGUCGUGGCGGGAGGGGACGCGGGCGCGGACGCGGACGAGGCGGUGCCCGUGGUGGGGAGAGAGAGAAGCCCCCGCAGUACAUCGUCGACUGGGACGAGCAUCUCGCCGAGCUGGAAGAGAGAAACUUCAAGGAGCCCAUGAUAGACAACCGUCAGGAGGGUGUCGAGUUUCAAGCCUCCAAUAUCGACAAGCUGUUCGACGCCCCAGAGGAGGAGACCGUCCCCAUGGCGCUUGUGCGUGAAGAUGACGUCGACCCUGACGAGGAGCUGUGCUCCAUCGCCGUGUCGGGCUUCCCCAAGGAGGCCAGUAUGGACAAACUGAUAGACUACUUUUCCAACCUGGCCGUGUUGCGAAGGGAGCCGGUCAAGAAAGAAGACGGCAGCAUUCACGUCACCUUUCAGAAGGCCAAGGAUGUGCCGUUUGCUGUCGAGUGGUUUAAGAACCCAGCAAGAGCGGUGAUUGAUAAUCGCCUCGUUUCCGUCACCGCUGUCAAGCCUGCUGCGUAAGUACUGUUGCUUUGCAUGUUUUCUUGUUCCUAUUUUUUUUUGUUGACGUGCUCAAUGUGAGAAAGCCGAUUGAGAACUGGGGGCAAUUGAGUGACAUCAAUGGAGGAAUGAUUCUCGGCAACACGCAGAUGUGCCACAUGAAAGAGAGACGCCAUUCGAAAAUUCCAAUUGAAGCCACAUUUGAAGUAGCAUCAUACUCUAGGGCAGCCGGCAAAUUGCAAGAAGCAAAAAAAGGCGAAAGGGGGCACAUCUGCAUGAGAUGCACAUGAAUGGCAAUGCCGAAAUGCGAACGUUAUAAAAAGAUGAACACAUGAA